GUCCAACUCCGACAGCUGAAAAGAUUCUGAACGCUUCCAAAGAUCCGGCCGAUUGUGGCGCCUUCGAGCGGACAGCUGUUUCAUCUCAAAGUCGAGUCGGACAACAUUUCGAGUCGACCUUUGUCAGCUAUAAAUACCAGUCGCUAGAUCCUGUAGCUCGUCAUCGAGAAAUCGGGGGCAGCGCCAACGCACCAAUAUGACAUUUCCUCUGCACAAUCCCUCUGUGCCCGUACACAUUCCGACUGCUGAACAGGAAGUCUUGCAGUUCUGGCGCGAGAUUGAUGCCUUCAAGACUUCUCAGAAGCUGAGAGAGGGCGGACCUGAGUUUAGCUUCUUCGACGGUCCACCUUUUGCCACUGGUCUGCCGCAUUAUGGGCAUUUGCUCGCAGGAACCAUCAAGGACAUUGUCACUCGUCAUGCACACGCUACGGGUCAUCAUGUUGAGCGUCGAUUCGGUUGGGACACACACGGUCUGCCGGUCGAACAUGAGAUCGACAAAAAGCUCGGUAUCAAGGGCAAAGAAGAUGUCAUGGAGAUGGGUAUCCCAGCGUACAACGCUGCAUGUCGAGAGAUUGUCAUGCGGUAUUCGUCUGAUUGGAAAGCGACAGUAGAGAGGAUGGGUAGAUGGAUAGAUUUCGAAACUGGAUACAAGACGCUAGAUACGACUUUCAUGGAGAGUGUGUGGUGGGUCUUCGGACAGUUGUGGGAGAAGGGUCAGGUCUAUCGUGGGCAGAGGGUCAUGCCCUAUUCAAUGGGUUGCACAACGCCAUUGAGUAAUUUUGAGGCUGGUGAAGAUUACCGAGAUGUCUCCGAUCCUGCCGUUACCGUAUCCUUCCCGCUCGUGGAUGACCCAUCGACCUCGCUCUUGGCCUGGACGACUACCCCUUGGACUCUGCCAUCAAACCUGGGACUUUGCGUGCACCCCGACUUCACCUACAUCAAGAUCCACGACAUUGAACGCAAUCAGAACUUCAUUCUGCUCGAAGCUUUGCUCAGUACAGUGUACAAAGGCUAUGACCCCAAGAAGAAGCCGGACCCGAAGAAGAAGGAGGAGCCAAAAUUCCGCGUCGUUGGCUCGUUCCAGGGCAAAGACAUGGUUGGAUGGAGAUAUGUCCCCAUAUUUGAUUAUUUCACUGAGCAAUACGAGGACCGCGCCUUCCGUGUGCUCGCAGACACCUACGUCACAGCAGACUCCGGUACCGGUAUCGUUCAUCAAGCUCCUGCAUUCGGAGAAGACGAUCACAGGAUAGCCGUGGCCCACAAAAUCGUGCGGGACGACGAGAUGCCACCAUGUCCUCUGGACGAGUCUGGUCGAUUCACCUCGCAGGUUCCCGAGUACCAGGGACAGAAUGUCAAGGAUGCGGACUCUCAGAUCAUCAAGGACUUGCAAAAGAAGGGGCGUCUCAUUGUGAGAUCGGACAUCCGCCAUUCCUAUCCAUUCUGUUGGAGAUCACACACUCCUCUUAUAUACCGAGCAAUUCCAGCUUGGUUUGUCCGUGUUGCCAACAUCUCCGACAAGCUCGUCGCCAACAAUGCAAAGACAAGAUGGGUCCCACAAUAUGUCAGUGAUGGACGUUUUGAUGGAUGGUUGAAGAAUGCUCGUGAUUGGAACAUUUCAAGAAAUCGUUACUGGGGAACUCCCAUACCUCUUUGGGCCAGCAAAGACAUGACGGAGGUGGUCUGUAUAAGUUCCAUCGCCGAACUCGAGAGACUCUCAGGCAAGACUGGGAUCAAGGAUUUGCAUCGAGAAAGUGUCGACGGUAUCACUAUCCCGUCCCAGAAGGGCAACGGCGAACUGCACCGGAUAGAAGAAGUCUUUGAUUGUUGGUUCGAGUCUGGAAGUAUGCCUUACGCCCAGAGUCACUAUCCAUUCGAGAACAACGAGAAAUUCAAGGCUCGAUAUCCCGCCGACUUUGUAUCCGAGGGUAUCGACCAGACUAGAGGUUGGUUCUAUACUAUGUUGGUUCUUGCCACCCACCUCUUCGAUACUGCGCCAUGGAAGAACCUCAUUGUAUCAGGUCUCGUCUUGGCAGGGGACGGACGCAAGAUGAGCAAGAGUCUGAAAAACUACCCCGACCCAAUGGAAGUAGUCAACAAGUAUGGUGCCGAUAGUGUUCGUCUCUUCUUGGUCAACUCGCCUGUCGUCCGGGGUGAUAAUCUUCGAUUUAAAGAGGACGGUGUCAGGGAAGUUCUGACCAAUGUCAUUCUCAAGUGGAUAAAUUCCCUCAAUUUCUACAUGGCUCAAGUGGAGCUCUUCGAACAAGAAGGCGAAAAGUUCGUUCACGAUCACAAUGCGCCAAAGAGCACGAAUGUCAUGGAUCGAUGGAUCCUUGCAACUUGUCAGACACUCAUCCAGCACAUCGACCAGGAAAUGGCCGCAUACCGAUUGUACACUGUCAUCCCCCUCCUGCUGGAACUCAUCAACGAUCUCACAAAUUACUACAUUCGUUUCAACAGGACGAGACUCAAGGGAGCAAACGGACCCGCCGACACGCGCGCUGCCCUCAACACGUUGUACGAGGCUCUGUACACUUUGUGUCUUACAAUGUCCUCAUUUACCCCAUUCACGUCUGAAAAGGUGUACCAAGCUCUCUUACCUACCUCUCCAACUUCGACUGCGGCGGACGCUCGGUCCGUCCACUUCCUCGACUUCCCCGUGGCGCGAAAAGAAUACUUCGAUCCAGUCAUCGAGCGACAGAUGCUGAGACUUAAGGCUGUCAUUGAGCUUGGUCGUCUCAUUCGUGAUAAGCGAACGCUUAAAGUCAAGAUGCCUCUCAAAGAGCUGACAGUCUUCCACCACGACCAAGAAUACCUGGACGAUGUCAAAUCCCUGGAGACAUACAUUGCUGGGGAGCUUAACGUCGUCAACAUUGUCUAUACCUCAGACGAAGCUGCCGUGGGAAUCAAGUACAAGGCUGAAGCGGAUUGGCCUGUGCUUGGACGAAAGUUGCGAAAAGACAUGGCCAAGGUCAGGAGCGCUCUCCCGGGACUCACUUCGGACGAGUGCAAGGCAUUCGUCUCGGAAGGCAAACUCAAAGUAGCGGGGAUCGAGCUCGUUACUGGAGACUUGGUCAUCACUCGUUAUGUCGAGAAUGUUGAAGGCGGUCAAGCGAAGGGCGAGCUCACUCACGACACGGCGACUGACAAGGACGUCAUUUUGAUCCUCGAUAUCAGGAGACAUGCGGAUCUCGAGUUUAUGACACUUUUGAGAUCGUUGGUCAGUCGAGUCAACAAACUGAGAAAAGAAGCUGGUGUCAAGCCGACCGACAAACUCGACGUGUAUUACGAGUACGAUGAAGAAUCUUCCGAGGAUGCCGUGGGAGCCGCUAUUCCCGGAAAUGAGGAGUAUCUCAUGAAAUCCUUCGGAUCAAUGCCAAUGCCGAAAUCUCAAAUGGGAGAUCGUGUCGAGGUUCUGCAAGUGGAGAAACGAGCAAAGGAGGCCGAGAAUCUGGACGCGGGAGAGAGGUUCAUCUUGACCUUGACCACGAGGCCGUGAGAAGGACGGCCACACGUGGCUUCAUGCGGUGGAUUAUUAUGCUAGAUACAAUAUGAUCUUGUGUAUACGCUACAGUUCUUCCGUCAUUGCAGCCCAUUUGCCACGCCGAGCUGAAGGUGCGUCGAGCCUCAAGCGGAUGAGCAGGUCUGCCA